AUGGUCCUGGAGGACAACGAGUGUGACUCUGUCUUUGCGCCCCAAAUCACAGAGGAGAACAUAGAGACUCAGUAUGGAAAGCUCCACUGCACCAUGACAGGGACCCCAAGGGCAAACCGCCCUGUCAUCCUGACAUUUUCUGAUGUUGGACUGAACCACAAGACCUGUUUUGAGACAAUGUUCGAGCACAUGGACAUGCUGGAAAUCAUCAAAAAUAUGCCUGUUUGUCACGUUGAAGCACCGGGACAAAAUGAAGGAGCCAAAACUCUGCCUACUGGGUACACAUACCCGUCUAUGGACCAGCUGUCUGAAGCGCUGCCCGCUGUCCUCAAACACUUUGGGCUGCGUAGUGUGAUUGGACUGGGAGUUGGAGCAGGAGCCUACAUCCUGGCUAAAUUCGCUCUUAAUCACCCUGAUCUGGUCGAUGGAUUAGUUCUGAUUAACAUCAACCCCAAUCCUGAGGGAAUAAUGGAUAGUGUUGCAAACAAGAUCACCGAAUGGACCCACACUCUGCCAGACACAGUCAUCACACACCUGUUUGGAAAGGAGGAGAUUGAGACCAACCACGACCUCAUAGCUACGUACCGUCACUACAUCUCAACGACCAUGAACCAGUCUAAUGUCAGCCAGUUCCUCCGCUCCUACAACAGCCGCGGCGCUCUGGAGGUGGAGAGGCCUGUUCCUGGAGGAAGCAUCAACGUCAGGACACUCAAGUGCUCCACUCUGCUGGUUGUAGGAGAUAAUUCUCCAGCUGUGGAGGCUGUCGUCGAGUGCAACUCUAAACUCAACCCCACCAAGACAACACUGCUCAAGAUGGCUGACUGUGGAGGACUCCCUCAGGUGGAUCAGCCAGCCAAAGUGAUUGAAGCCUUGAAAUAUUUCAUCCAGGGCAUGGGAUACAUGUCCAGCGCCAGCAUGACCAGACUUCGCUCACGGACGACCUCCAGCUCCAGCAUCUCGUCCUUCGAUGGCUCUCGGAGCCGUGCACACACCAACGAGUUGCAGCGUGGCCGAACACACUCGCGCACCGAGGAGAAGCGCGGGCGCUCACACACCGACGUCUCCAUGGAGAGUGUUUCUAACAGCAACAUGGACCAUAUGAUCUCAAAGUCCACUGAAGUGGCAUGCUAGAGUGCACUCCGCACCAAACCCCAAGCACUUCUAUCCAAUCAUACCUCAUCAUAUCUAUCCAGAUAGCUUCUCUCCUCUUUAACGUCUUCAUUUCCUUCAUUCCCCAUGCCCUUUCAUCUGCACUAUGUCUAGCUGACAGCAAACAGGUCACACCUCCAUGUGACUUCUUCGUCCUCUCUGUGUCUCCUUAUUCUUUAAUCAAUGUAAAGACCCUUUCCUGUGUCUUUUCCUUUACAUCCAGUCCUUCAUCCAACCUCAGCCUCUUUCUGUUUGUAUCCUCCUCUCAAUUGUUACUGUAUGUCUCUACCUCUGUAUGUCUUUUCUCCCCAUCCCAGUUCACGUCUUUGUCUACUUUCCUUUCUUCCUCUUCUCUCCCCCCUGACAGUAACGUUGUACCAGAGAUUUUUUUGCAGGCCUCCUCAUUCUCUAAUAUGCAUCAUGGUAUACGCCACAUGAGGAUAUUGUGAAAGCUGCAAUGUAUUAUUUGAAAACUGAGU